AUUAGGCUUCCCACUCACCCUGUCAUCAAUUCUCUCAAUCAUCUAUCGCACCAUGUCUGACUCUCAGUUUGAAGUUAAAGAGAUCCUGACAAAAGAGGAGUACCGCCGUCUGGUCGACGUCCUCUGGUCGGCCAACUCCCAUCCCUACAAUGCAGUAUGGACGGCGGUCCAUCCAGUCUCGGGGCAUACGGCUGAAGACCGAGUGAAAGACAAGGCGUAUGACUGUGAGGUGCGCUGGGCCGCCCACGAGAAGAACCCGGCCUCCCAUCUCAUCUAUGCAAUCGACAAGCAAACUGGACGGGUUGCCGGCGGCUGUGAAUGGCUCAUCUUCCGGAAGAACCCGUUUCCUAACGGACCUCAGCCCAUUCCCUGCACGUGGUACCCCGAGGGUUCCGAAAGAGCCGAGUACGCCAGCCACAUGCUCAGCCAGGCCUUCUUUCCGCGCCAAAGCUGGUUUCAGCGUCCUCAUGCGGGCGUCAAUGCCAUGGGCGUUCAUCCGGACUUCCGCCGUCGUGGGGUAGGGCGUCUUCUCAUGGAGUGGGGUCAUGAGAGGAUCGAUCCCCUUGGGUACGAGAGUUUUAUCGAGGGAAGCCCCACGGGUCGCUUCUUGUACGAAGAGUGCGGGUACAAGAGGGUUCUUUGUCUCCAUAUUGACUUUGCGAAGAAGAACCCUAGUGAUGAGUGGAACAGGCUAGUUCACGAGUGCCUUCCCCCGCCCAUCCUUCUGCUCUGGAGGCCACCACGGGGAGAGUGGACGGACAAGGUACCGGUGGGACCAUGGGCUGUGACGGAGAAGACGUGGGAGGAGACUGGUGCCGAAGUUGCUCAGGAGAGUGCUUAGAUUAGACAACGUUUUGCUUGGAGCGGUCCGGGG